ACCCUGUUGGCUCUGCUCCUCACUGGCACCUGAGUGACAGAGGGACCUCUUUUGCCGAGAUGAACCUUUUCUGUUUCUCACUGGAGGGUUCCAUGGACAGCCUGUAUGAGGCUGUGCAGGACUCCAGUGAUGCCCCGGUGUACACCAUCCCCAGUCGCUCCUCCAGUCGCUCCUGCAGUCGCUCCUGCAGCCCAGCUGUCCUGCUGGAGGACAACGCCAAGUGGAGCAGCUCAGGGCGGUCCAUCUCCAUGGAGAUAUCCCAAAUGCAGAGCACCAACUUGAAGAAGAAGAAAAGAAGAACACAUGUAUCAAAAUCGAUGUCAGACAAUGAAGCCCUGGAUCACGCCGGCUGCGAUACGGUUCUCUGGCUGCCCGCCAACAACCCAGAAGAUUUAGUCCACAUGAAGAACAAUCAAAACGAAGAUGUGGUGAAGACAGCUCCCAGAACAGGCCAGGCAAAGGCAGGAAGAGAAGGACACCAGUCAAGCACCAGGAAGAAAGACAAAUCUCCAUCACAGAGUGGAGGUUCAGAAGUGUGGCCGACGCCAACGGAUCGGCCCAACAGCAGGCAGAGGGACGUGAUUGUUCACACCAAUGGUGAUGUGGCAGAGCCUAGAGGUACUGCUAAAAGGAGCCAGAAGGCUGGGAAGAAAGCAAAUGGAAAGAAUGGAAAAGAGGGCACCAAGAAAAGCCAUGAUUCCAAAGAUCACCUUCCACCAGACCCCUUGCCAGUUGUGGGACAGUAUCUGGACUUAGCCCAGGGACCAGCCAGGAUACCGGUCCCAAGCCGAGCUUCAACUCUCCCUGCCCAAGAGAACACCACCCCUGGCGUCCCGGAUCUGAGGAAGGGCCCUGGAGGAUCCUCCAGCUCCACGCCCAGCCACCAGCGCUGGAGCAACCCAGCAGAGAGCACCCCAGCCUGGGGUACCUCCUACCACACCUGUCGGCGGCCCCUUACUGAGUAUCGCCCCUACGCCCAUGACUUCACCCUGCCCAGGGGGUCUGUCACAGAUGUGGAUCUCUCCGAACCCAGCAAAAUGCUACAAAGGGCUGCUUCAAAUGUCUCUGACAAACCAAAAAGCAAACCAAAGCGUUCAACUAGUUUUGGAAGGUUUGAGAACAAUCGACAGCAGCCAUCACCAGCCAAGUUAGAAGAAAAUGUAGUCACAUUGGGUACAGAGGAGUCUGGCAGUGAGACUAUCGAUCCAACAAAGUCAGCAAGUCUGGGGAAGAAGAUGAAGGCGAUCUCUCUGACCAUGCGCAGAAGGAUGGGCAAGAAGCAUGUCAAAUCCUUCUCAGAGGAAAUGGGGGAUGAGACAGACAAAGAUCAUGAAGGAGAAGCAGAGAGCAGUCCUGCUGUGGAACAAGGCUCUGAGAAGACCAGCAACUCUUUGGAGAGCCUCUACAGUGGCCAGAGCUCCUCCAGUGGUGUGACCAGUGCUUCGGAAGGUUCCAGUACCAGAGACAGUCUGAAGGUGGAUGAGGAUGGGUCAAACCAUGGACAGUUCUGUGGAAAAGCUCGGGUCCACACAGACUUUGUCCCAAGCCCAUAUGACACCGACUCUCUCAAACUUAAGGUUGGCGACAUUAUUAGCAUCAUUAGUAAACCUCCCAUGGGCAUAUGGACCGGCAUGCUGGAAAACAAGGUGGGCAACUUCAAGUUCAUCUACGUUGAUGUUCUGGUUGAGAAAAAGAAAGAGGAAGAAGCCCCUAAGAUCAGACCUCAGAAGGUGUGCAGGAGGCCUCGACCCAAAACACUAUUGGAACUACUUGAGCGUCUUCAGCUGGAGGAGUAUGCUUCUGCAUUACUCCUUAAUGGUUAUCAGACCGUGGAGGAUCUGACACACCUGCAGGAGAAGCACCUGAUAGAACUCAACGUGACGGACCCUGAACACAGACGCAGGCUCCUGGCCGCAGCAGACUACCGCUACAUUGAGAGUGAAGAUGUGAGAGAGAGUGAGGAGCCUAAGUCCUUGUCGUCACGCAGUCUGGAGGAAGAGAAGAGCGACUGUACCAGAGACUCUGGGUGCUUCAUCCCAUCAGAAUGCACCGACAACAGCAAAGAGGAUACAGACAACCAAGGGGAGCCACAUACCGUUUAACCACCCAUGGAGAUAACAAUCAACUAGCAUAUUAUAAAGAGUUACUAUCCUUUAUGUACCACAUCAUGCCUACAAUUGAUGAACUGUGACACAGUUGUAUUGUCCUUCUAAACAUUUUCCCCCCUCUCUGAGCUUCUGUGUACUAUGCAACUUUUCUAUGUACUUAAAAAAACUUACGUACUUGUGAAAGCCUGCCACCAAGAUGUUGACAUAUAUUUGGAUAGCUUGUAAAGGACACUGCGACGGCUGAUGAGAGGAUUGUGUUCCAUUCUGUUCUUAGUGUGUUUGUAAUAUUUCCACUUUUUGAUGGUUGUAUGUAAUAUAUUCUGUGUGUGUGUGUGUGUUUGUGUGUGUGUGUAUGUAUGUGUGUGUGUGUGUGUGCGUGUGUAAGAGAGUGUUUAUUUGAAUGAUUUUUAAAGAUUUUCAAAAGUAACUGUUUUUGUAAAUACAACUGAAAGUAUAAACAUAAUCUAUGCCAUCCUAAUAAACUAUUUAUG